AUGCUCCCGCUUUCCAUCAACCCGCCCCAUUCUCCCGCUUUUCAUCACCCCGCCCCAUUCUCCCGCUUUCCAUCACCCCGCCCCAUUCUCCCGCUUUCCAUCACCCCGCCCCAUUCUCCCUCCUUCCAUCACCCGCCUCAUUCUACCUCCUUCCAUCACCCCACCCCAUGCUCCCGCUUUCCAUCACCGCCCCAUUCUCCCGCUUUCCAUCACACCGCCCCGUUCUCCCGCUUUCCAUCACCCCGCCCCAUUUUCCCAUCACCCCGCCCCAUUCUCCGCUUUCCAUCACCACGCCCCAUUCUCCCGCUUUCCAUCACCCCGCCCCAUUCUCCCGCUUUCCAUCACUCCGCCCCAUUCUCCCGCUUUCCAUCACCCCGCCCCAUUCUCCCUCUUUCCAUCACCCGCCCCAUUCUCCCGCUUUCUAUCACCCUACCCCAUUCUCCCGCUUUCCAUCACCCUGCUCCAUUCUCCCGCUUUCCAUCACCCCGCCCAAUUCUCCCGCUUUCCAUCACCCCUCUCGAUUCUCCCUCUUUCCAUCUCCCCCCUAUUCCUCCCUCUUUCCAUCACCCCGUCCCACUCUCCCUCUUUCCAUCACCCCGCCCCAUUCUCCCUGUUUCCAUCACCUCGCCCCAUUCUCCCUCUUUCCAUCUCCCCGCCCCAUUCUCCCGCUUUCUAUCACCCCGCCCCAUUCUCCCCUCUUUCCAUCACCCCGCCCAAUUCUCCCGCCUUUCAUCACCCCGCCCCAUUCUCCCGCUUUCCAUCACCCCGCCCAAUUCUCCCGCUUUCCAUCACCCCGCCCCGUUCCUCCCGCGUUCCAUCACCCCUCCCCAUUCUCCCUCUUUCCAUCACCCCGCCCCAUUCUCCCGCUUUCCAUCACCCCGCCCCAUUCUCCCUCUUUCCAUCACCCCGCCCCAUUCUCCCGCCUUUCAUCACCCCGCCCCAUUCUCCCGCUUUCCAUCACCCCGCCCGAUUCUCCCGCUUCCAUCACCCCGCCCAAUUCUCCCGCCUUCCAUCACCCCGCCCUUCUUACGCUUUCCAUCACCCCGCCCCAUUCUCCCUCUUUCCAUCACCCCGCCCCAUUCUCCCACUUUCCAUCACCCCGCCCCAUUCUUCCUCUUUCCAUCACCCCGCCCCAUUCUUACCUCUUUCCAUCUUCCCGCCCCAUUCUCCCUCUUUCCAUCCACCCCGCCCCAUUCUCCCUCUUUCCAUCACCCCGCCCCAUUCUCCCUCUUUCCAUCACCCCGCCCCAUUCUUCCUCUUUCCAUCACCCCGCCCCAUUCUUCUCUUUCCAUCUCCCCGCCCCAUUCUCCCACUUUCCAUCACCCCGCCCCAUUCUUCCUCUUUCCAUCACCCCGCCCCAUUCUUCCUCUUUCCAAUCUCCCCGCACCCAUUCUCCCUCUUUCCAUCACCCCGCCCCAUUCUCCCUCUUUCCAUCACCCCGCCCCAUUCUCCCUCUUUCCAUCACCCGCCCCAUUCUCCCCACUUUCCAUCACCACCGCCCCCAUUCUCCCUCUUUCCAUCACCCCGACCCAUUCUCCCGCUUUCCAUCACCCCGCCCCAUUCUCCCCUCUUUCCAUCAGCCCGCCCCAUUCUCCCCGCCUUCCAUCACCCCGCCCCAUUCUCCCUUUUUUCCAUCACCCCGCCCCAUUCUCACGCUUUCCAUCACCCCGCCCCAUUCUCCUCUUUCCAUCACCCCGCCCCAUUCUCCCGCUUUCCAUCACCCCGCCCCAUUCUCCAGUUUUCCAUCACCCCGCCCCAUUCUCUCGCUUUCCAUCACCCCGCCUUAUUCUCCCGCUUUCCAUCACCCUGCCCCAUUCUCCCCGAUUUCCAUCACCCCCGCCCCAUUCUCCCGCUUUCCAUCACCUCGCCCCAUUCUCCCGCUUUCCAUCACCCCGCCCCAUUUCUCCCGCUUUCCAACACCCCGCCCCCAUUCUCCCGCUUUCCAUCACCCCGCCCCAUUCUCACUCUUUCCAUCACCCCGCCCCAUUCUCCCUCUUUCGAUCACCCCGCCCCAUUCUUCCGCUUUCCAUCACCCCGCCCCAUUCUCCCUCUUUCCAUAACCCGCACCAUCACUUCCCGCUUUCCAUCACCCCGCCCCAUUCUCCCUCUUUCCAUCACCCCGCCCCAUUCUCCCGCUUUCCAUCACCCCGCCCCAAUCUCCCUCAUUCCAUAACCCCGCCCCAUUUUCCCGCUUUCCAUCACCCCGCCCCAUUCUCCCGCUUUCCAUCACCCCGCCCUGUUUCUCCCGCCUUUCACAUCACCCCGCCCCAUUCUCCCGCUUUCCAAUCACCCCCCGCCCCAUUCUCCCGCUUUCCAUCACCCCGCCCCAUUCUCCCUCUUUCCAUCACCCCGCCCAUUCUCCCGCUUUCCAUCACCCCGCUCCAUUCUCCCGCUUUCCAUCACCCCGCCCAAUUCCUCCCUCUUUCCAUCACCCCUCCUCAUUCUCCCUCUUUCCAUCUACCCCGCCCCAUUCUCCCGCUUUCCACCACCCCGCUCCAUUCUCCCGCUUUCCAUCACCCCGCCCCAUUCUCUCGCUUUCCAUCACCCCGCCUUAUUCUCCCGCUUUCCAUCACCCCGCCCCAUUCUCCCCCCGCCCCAUUUUCCCGAUUUCCAUCACCCCGCCCCAUUCUCCCGCUUUCCAUCACCCCGCCCCAUUCUCCCGCUUUCCAUCACCCCGCCCCAUUCUCCCGCUUUCCAUCACCCAACCCCAUUCUCCCGCUUUCCAUCACCCCGCCCCAUUCUCCCGCUUUCCAUCACCCUGCCCCCAUUCUCCCUCUUUCCAUCACCCCGCCCCAUUCUCCCGCAUUCCAUCACCCCGCCCCAUUUUCCCUCGUUCCAUCACCCCGCUCCAUUCUCCCGCUUUCCAUCACCCCGCCCAAUUCUCCCUCUUUCCAUCACCCCUCCCCAUUCUCCCUCUUUCCAUCACCCCGCCCCAUUCUCCCGCUUUCCAUCACCCCGCCCCAUUCUCCCUCUUUCCAUCACCCCGCCCCAUUCUCCCUCUUUCCAUCACCCCGCCCCAUUCUCCCGCUUUCCAUCACCCCACCCCAUUCUCCCUCUUUCCAUCACCCCGCCCCAUUCUCCCGCUUUCCAUCACCCCGCCCCAUUCUCCCUCUUUCCAUCACCCCGCUCCAUUCUCCCGCUUUCCAUCACCCCGCCCAAUUCUCCCUCUUUCCAUCACCCCUCCUCAUUCUCCCUCUUUCCAUCACCCCGCCCCAUUCUCCCGCUUUCCACCACCCCGCUCCAUUCUCCCGCUUUCCAUCACCCCGCCCAAUUCUCCCGCUUUCCAUCACCACGCCCCAUUUUCCCUCUUUCCAUCACCCCGCCCCAUUCUCCCGCUUUCCAUCACCCCGCCCCAUUCUCCCGCUUUCCAUCACCCCGCUCCAUUCUCCCGCUUUCCAUCACCCCGCCCAAUUCUCCCUCUUUCUAUCACCCCUCUCCAUUCUCCCUCUUUCCAUCACCCCACCCCAUUCUCCCGCUUUCCAUCACCCCGCCCCAAUUCUCCCUCUUUCCAUCACCCCUCCCCAUUCUCCCUCUUUCCAUCACCCCGCCCCAUUCUCCCGCUUUCCAUCACCCCGCCCCAUUCUCCCUCUUUCCAUCACCCCGCCCCAUUCUCCCUCUUUCCAUCACCCCGCCCCAUUCUCCCGCUUUCCAUCACCCCGCCCCAUUCUCCCUCUUUCCAUCACCCCGCCCCAUUCUCCCGCUUUCCCAUCACCCCGCCCCAUUCUCCCUCUUUCCAUCACCCCGCUCCAUUCUCCCGCUUUCCAUCACCCCGCCCAAUUCUCCCUCUUUCCAUCACCCCUCCUCAUUCUCCCUCUUUCCAUCACCCCGCCCCAUUCUCCCGCUUUCCACCACCCCGCUCCAUUCUCCCGCUUUCCAUCACCCCGCCCAAUUCUCCCGCUUUCCAUCACCACGCCCCAUUUCCCUCUUUCCAUCACCCCGCCCCAUUCUCUCGCUUUCCAUCACCCCGCCCCAUUCUCCCGCUUUCCAUCACCCCGCUCCAUUCUCCCGCUUUCCAUCACCCCGCCCAAUUCUCCCUCUUUCUAUCACCCCUCUCCAUUCUCCCUCUUUCCAUCACCCCGCCCCAUUCUCCCGCUUUCCAUCACCCCGCCCCAUUCUCCCUCUUUCCAACACCCCGCCCCAUUCUCCCUCUUUCCAUCACCCCCGCCCCAUUUUCCCGCUUUCCAUCACCCCGCCCCAUUCUCCCUCUUUCUAUCACCCCGCCCCAUUCUCCCGCUUUCCAUCACCCCGCUCCAUUCUCCCGCUUUCCAUCACCCCGCCCAAUUCUCCCUCUUUCCAUCACCCCUCCCCAUUCUCCCUCUUUCCAUCAACCCGCCCCACUCUCCCGCUUUCCAUCACCCCGCCCCAUUCUCCCUCUUUCCAUCACCCCGCCCCAUUCUCUCGCUUUCCAUCACCCCGCCCCAUUCUCCCUCUUUCCAUCACCCUGCCCCAUUCUCCCGCUUUCCAUCACCCGCCCCAUUCUCCCGCUUUCCAUCAUCCCGCCCCAUUCUCCCUCUAUCCAUCACCCCGGCCCAUUCUCCCGCCUUCCAUCACCCCGCCCCAUUCUCCCGCUUUCCAUCACCCUGCCCCAUUCUCCCGCUUUCCAUCACCCCACCCCAUUCUCUCGAUUUGCAUCACCCCGCCCCAUUCUCCCGCCUUCCAUCACCCCGCCCCAUUCUCCCUCUUUCCAUCACCCCGCCCCAUUCUCCCGCUUUCUAUCACCCCGCCCCAUUCUCCCUCUUUCUAUCACCCCGCCCCAUUCUUCCGCUUUCCAUCACCCCGCCCGCUUUCCAUCACCCCGCUCCAUUCUCCCGCUUUCCAUCACCCCGCCCAAUUCUCCCUCUUUCCAUCACCCCUCCCCAUUCUCCCUCUUUCCAUCAAACCGCCCCAUUCUCCCGCUUUCCAUCACCCCGGCCCAUUCUCCCUCUUUCCAUCACCCCGCCCCAUUCUCUCGCUUUCCAUCACCCCGCCCCAUUCUCCCUCUUUCCAUCACCCCGCCCCAUUCUCCCCGCCUUCCAUCACCCCGCCCCGUUCUCCCGCUUUCCAUCACCCCGCCCCAUUCUCCCGCUUUCCAUCACCCCACCCCAUUCUCCCGAUUUGCAUCACCCCACCCCAUUCUCCCGCCUUCCAUCACCCCGCCCCAUUCUCCCUCUUUCCAUCACCCCGCCCCAUUCUCCCGCUUUCCAUCACCCCGCCCCAUUCUCCCUCUUUCCAUCACCCCGCCCCAUUCUCCCUCUUUCCAUCACACCACCCCAUUCUCCCGCUUUCCAUCACCUCGCCCUAUUUUCUCUCUUUCCAUCACCCCGCCCCAUUCUCCCGCUUUCCAUCACCCCGCCCCAUUCUCCCGCUUUCCAUCACCCCGCUCCAUUCUCCCGCUUUCCAUCAACCCGUCCAAUUCUCCCUCUUUCCAUCACCCCUCCCCAUUCUUCCCGCUUUCCAUCACCCCGCCCCAUUCUCCCGCUUUCCAUCACCCCGGCCCAUUCUCCCGCUUUCCAUCACCCCGCCCCAUUCUCAUGCUUUCCAUCACCCCUCCCCAUUCUCCCGCUGUCCAUCACCCCGCCCCCAUUCUCCCGCUUUCCAUCACCCCGCCCCAUUCUCCCGCUUUCCAUCACCCUGCCCAUUCUCCCUCUUUCCAUCACCCCGCCCCAUUCUCCCUCUUUCCAUCACUCCGCCCCAUUCUCCCUCUAUCCAUCACCCCGCCCAAUUCUCCCGCUUUCCAUCACCCCGUCCCAUUCUCCCACUUUCCAUCACCCGCCCCGUUCUCCCGCUUUCCAUCACCCCGCCCCCUUCUCCCGCUUUCCAUCACCCCGCCCCAUUCUCCCGCUUUCCAUCAUCCCGCCCCAUUCUCCCGCUUUCCAUAACCCCGCCCUAUUUCUCCCGCUUUCCAUCACCCCGCCCCAUUCUCCCGAUUUCCAUCACCCCGCCCCUCUCCCGCUUUCCAUCACUCCGCCCCAUUCUCCCGGGUUCCAUCACCCCGCUCCAUUCUCCCGCUUUCCAUCACCCCGCCCAAUUAUCCCUCUUUCCAUCACCCCUCCCCAUUCUCCCUCUUUCCAUCACCCCGCCCCAUUCUCCCGCUUUCCAUCACCCCGCCCCAUUCUCCCUCUUUCCAUCACCCCGCCCCAUUCUCCCUCUUUCCAUCACCCCGCUCCAUUCUCCCGCUUUCCAUCACCCCGCCCAAUUCUCCCUCUUUCCAUCACCCCGCUCCAUUCUCCCGCUUUCUAUCACCCCGCCCCAUUCUCCCUCUUUCGAUCAACCCGCCCCAUUCUUCCGCUUUCCAUCACCCCGCCCCAUUCUCCCUCUUUCCAUAACCCCGCCCCAUACUCCCGCUUUUCAUCACCCCGCCCCAUUCUCCCUCUUUCCAUCACCCCGCCCCAUUCUCCCGCUUUCCAUCACCCCCGCCCCAAUCUCCCUCAUUCAAUAACCCCGCCCCAUUCUCCCGCUUUCCAUCACUCCGCCCCAUUCUCCCGCUUUCCAUCACCCCGCCCCAUUCUCCCUCUUUCCAUCACCCCGACCCGUUCUCCCGCUUUCCAUCACCCCGCCCCAUACUCCCGCUUUCCAUCACCCCGCCCCAUUCUCCCGCUUUCCAUCACCCCGCCCCAUUCUCCCUCUUUCCAUCACCCCGCCCCAUUCUCCCGCUUUCCAUCACCCCGCCCCAUUCUCCCGCUUUCCAUCACCCCGCCCCAUUCUCCCGCUUUCCAUCACCCCGUCCCAUUCUCCCCCCCAUUCUCCCUCUUUCCAUCACCCCGCCCCAUUCUCCCGCAUUCCAUCACCCUGCCCCAUUUUCCCUCGUUCCAUCACCCCGCUCCAUUCUCCCGCUUUCCAUCACCCCGCCCAAUUCUCCCUAUUUCCAUCACCCCUCCCCAUUCUCCCUCUUUCCAUCACCCCGCCCCAUUCUCCCGCUUUCCAUCACCCCGCCCCAUUCUCCCUCUUUCCAUCACCCCGCCCCAUUCUCCCGCUUUCCAUCACCCCGCCCCAUUCUCCCUCUUUCCAUCACCCCGCUCCAUCCUCCCGCUUUCCAUCACCCCGCUCAAUUCUCCCUCUUUCCAUCACCCCUCCUCAUUCUUCCUCUUUCCAUCACCCCGCCCCAUUCUCCCGCUUUCCACCACCCCGCUCCAUUCUCCCGCUUUCCAUCACCCUGCCCAAUUCUCCCGCUUUCCAUCACCCCGCCCAAUUCUCCCUCUUUCUAUCACCCCUGUCCAUUCUCCCUCUUUCCAUCACCCCGCCCCAUUCUCCCGCCUUUCAUCACCCCGCCCCAUUCUCCCGCUUUCCAUCACCCCGCCCCAUUCUCCCGCCUUCCAUCACCCCGCCCCAUUCUCCCUCUUUCCAUCACCCCGCCCCAUUCUUACGCUUUCCAUCACCCCACCCCAUUCUCCCUCUUUCCAUCACCCCGCCCUAUUCUCCUGCUUUCCAUCACCCCGCCCCAUUCUCCCUCUAUCCAUCACCCCGCCCAAUUCUUUCACUUUCCAUCACCCCAUCCCAUUCUCCCGUUUUCCAUCACCCCGUCCCAUUCUCUCGCUUUCCAUCACCCCGCCUUAUUCUCCCGCUUUCCAUCACCCCGCCCCAUUCUCCCGAUUUCCAUCACCCCGCCCCAUUCUCCGCUUUCCAUCACCCCGCCCCAUUCUCCCGAUUUCCAUCACCCCGCCCCAUUCUCCCGCUUUCCAACACCCUGCCCCAUUCUCCCGCUUUCCAUCACCCCACCCCAUUCUCACUCUUUCCAUCACCCCUCCCCAUUCUCCCUCUUUCCAUCACCCCGCCCCAUUCUCCAUCUUUCCAUCACCCUGCCCAAUUCUCCCCCUUUCCAUCACCCCGCCCCAUUCUCCCGCCUUCCAUCACCCCGCCCCAUUCUCCCUCUUUCCAUCACCCCGCCCCAUUCUCCCGCUUUCCAUCACCCCGCCCCAUUUUCCCGAUUUCCAUCACCCCGCCCCAUUCUCCCGCUUUCCAUCACCCCGCCCCAUUCUCCCGCUUUCCAUCACCCAACCCCAUUCUCGCGCUUUCCAUCACCCCGCCCCAUUCUCCCGCUUUCCAUCACCCCGCCCCAUUCUCCCUCUUUCCAUCACCCCGCCCCAUUCUCCCGCAUUCCAUCACCCCGCCCCAUUUUCCCUCGUUCCAUCACCCCGCUCCAUUCUCCCGCUUUCCAUCACCCCGCCCAAUUCUCCCUCUUUCCAUCACCCCUCCCCAUUCUCCCUCUUUCCAUCACCCCGCCCCAUUCUCCCGCUUUCAAUCACCCCGCCCCAUUCUCCCUCUUUCCAUCACCCCGCCCCAUUCUCCCUCUUUCCAUCACCCCGCCCCAUUCUCCCGCUUUCCAUCACCCCGCCCCAUUCUCCCUCUUUCCUUCACCCCGCCCCAUUCUCCCGCUUUCCAUCACCCCGCCCCAUUCUCCCUCUUUCCAUCACCCCGCUCCAUUCUCCCGCUUUCCAUCACCCCGCCCAAUUCUCCCCAUUUCCAUCACCCCUCCUCAUUCUCCCUCUUUCCAUCACCCCGCCCCAUUCUCCCGCUUUCCACCACCCCGCUCCAUUCUCCCGCUUUCCAUCACCCCGCCCAAUUCUCCCGCUUUCCAUCACCACGCCCCAUUUUCCCUCUUUCCAUCACCCCGCCCCAUUCUCCCGCUUUCCAUCACCCUGCCCCAUUCUCCCGCUUUCCAUCACCCCGCUCCAUUCUCCCGCUUUCCAUCACCCCGCCCAAUUCUCCCUCUUUCUAUCACCCCUCUCCAUUCUCCCUCUUUCCAUCACCCCGCUCCAUUCUCCCGCUUUCCAUCACCCCGCCCCAUUCUCCCUCUUUCCAUCACCCCGCCCCAUUCUCCCUCUUUCCAUCAACCCGCCCCAUUUUCCCGCUUUCCAUCACCCCGCCCCAUUCUCCCUCUUUCUAUCACCCCGCCCCAUUCUCCCGCUUUCCAUCACCCCGCUCCAUUCUCCCGCUUUCCAUCACCCCGCCCAAUUCUCCCUCUUUCCAUCACCCCUCCCCAUUCUCCCUCUUUCCAUCAACCCGCCCCACUCUCCCGCUUUCCAUCACUCCGCCCCAUUCUCCCUCUUUCCAUCACCCCGCCCCAUUCUCUCGCUUUCCAUCACCCCGCCCCAUUCUCCCUCUUUCCAUCACCCUGCCCCAUUCUCCCGCUUUCCAUCACCCGCCCCAUUCUCCCGCUUUCCAUCAUCCCGCCCCAUUCUCCCUCUAUCCAUCACCCCGCCCCCUUCUCCCGCCUUCCAUCACCCCGCCCCAUUCUCCCGCUUCCCAUCACCCUGCCCCAUUCUCCCGCUUUCCAUCACCCCACCCCAUUCUCUCGAUUUGCAUCACCCUGCCCCAUUCUCCCGCCUUCCAUCACCCCGCCCCAUUCUCCCUCUUUCCAUCACCCCGCCCCAUUCUCCCGCUUUCUAUCACCCCGCCCCAUUCUCCCUCUUUCUAUCACCCCGCCCCAUUCUUCCGCUUUCCAUCACCCCGCCCGCUUUCCAUCACCCCGCUCCAUUCUCCCGCUUUCCAUCACCCCGCCCAAUUCUCCCUCUUUCCAUCACCCCUCCCCAUUCUCCCUCUUUCCAUCAAACCGCCCCAUUCUCCCGCUUUCCAUCACCCCGGCCCAUUCUCCCUCUUUCCAUCACCCCGCCCCAUUCUCUCGCUUUCCAUCACCCCGCCCCAUUCUCCCUCUUUCCAUCACCCCGCCCCAUUCUCCCGCUUUCCAUCACCCGCCCCAUUCUCCCGCUUUCCAUCACCCUGCCCCAUUCUCCCUCUUUCCAUCACCCCGCCCCAUUCUCCCGCCUUCCAUCACCCCGCCCCAUUCUCCCGCUUUCCAUCACCCCGCCCCAUUCUCCCGCUUUCCAUCACCCCACCCCAUUCUCCCGAUUUGCAUCACCCCGCCCCAUUCUCCCGCCUUCCAUCACCCCGCCCCAUUCUCCCUCUUUCCAUCACCCCGCCCCAUUCUCCCGCUUUCCAUCACCCCGCCCCAUUCUCCCUCUUUCCAUCACCCCGCCCCAUUCUCCCUCUUUCCAUCACACUACCCCAUUCUCCCGCUUUCCAUCACCUCGCCCUAUUUUCUCUCUUUCCAUCACCCCGCCCCAUUCUCCCGCUUUCCAUCACCCCGCCCUAUUCUCCCGCUUUCCAUCACCCGCCCCAUUCUCCCGCUUUCCAUCAUCCCGCCCCAUUCUCCCUCUAUCCAUCACCCCGCCCCCUUCUCCCGCUUUCCAUCACCCUGCCCCAUUCUCCCGCUUUCCAUCACCCCACCCCAUUCUCUCGAUUUGCAUCACCCCGCCCCAUUCUCCCGCCUUCUAUCACCCCGCCCCAUUCUCCCUCUUUCCAUCACCCCGCCCCAUUCUCCCGCUUUCUAUCACCCCGCCCCAUUCUCCCUCUUUCUAUCACCCCGCCCCAUUCUUCCGCUUUCCAUCACCCCGCCCGCUUUCCAUCACCCCGCUCCAUUCUCCCGCUUUCCAUCACCCCGCCCAAUUCUCCCUCUUUCCAUCACCCCUCCCCAUUCUCCCUCUUUCCAUCAAACCGCCCCAUUCUCCCGCUUUCCAUCACCCCGGCCCAUUCUCCCUCUUUCCAUCACCCCGCCCCAUUCUCUCGCUUUCCAUCACCCCGCCUUAUUCUCCCUCUUUCCAUCACCCCGCCCCAUUCUCCCGCUUUCCAUCACCCACCCCAUUCUCCCGCUUUCCAUCACCCUGCCCCAUUCUCCCUCUUUCCAUCACCCCGCCCCAUUCUCCCGCCUUCCAUCACCCCGCCCCAUUCUCCCGCUUUCCAUCACCCCGCCCCAUUCUCCCGCUUUCCAUCACCCCGGCCCAUUCUCCCUCUUUCCAUCACCCCGCCCCAUUCUCUCGCUUUCCAUCACCCCGCCCCAUUCUCCCUCUUUCCAUCACCCCGCCCCAUUCUCCCGCUUUCCAUCACCCGCCCCAUUCUACCGCUUUCCAUCACCCUGCCCCAUUCUCCCUCUUUCCAUCACCCCGCCCCAUUCUCCCGCCUUCCAUCACCCCGCCCCAUUCUCCCGCUUUCCAUCACCCCGCCCCAUUCUCCCGCUUUCCAUCACCCCACCCCAUUCUCCCGAUUUGCAUCACCCCGCCCCAUUCUCCCGCCUUCCAUCACCCCGCCCCAUUCUCCCUCUUUCCAUCACCCCGCCCCAUUCUCCCGCUUUCCAUCACCCCGCCCCAUUCUCCCUCUUUCCAUCACCCUGCCCCAUUCUCCCUCUUUCCAUCACACCACCCCAUUCUCCCGCUUUCCAUCACCUCGCCCUAUUUUCUCUCUUUCCAUCACCCCGCCCCAUUCUCCCGCUUUCCAUCACCCCGCCCCAUUCUCCCGCUUUCCAUCACCCCGCUCCAUUCUCCCGCUUUCCAUCAACCCGCCCAAUUCUCCCUCUUUCCAUCACCCCUCCCCAUUCUCCCGCUUUCCAUCACCCCGCCCCAUUCUCCCGCUUUCCAUCACCCCGGCCCAUUCUCCCGCUUUCCAUCACCCCGCCCCAUUCUCUUGCUUUCCAUCACCCCUCCCCAUUCUCCCGCUGUCCAUCACCCCGCCCCAUUCUCCCGCUUUCCAUCACCCCGCCCCAUUCUCCCGCUUUCCAUCACCCUGCCCAUUCUCCCUCUUUCCAUCACCCCGCCCCAUUCUCCCUCUUUCCAUCACUCCGCCCCAUUCUCCCUCUAUCCAUCACCCCGUCCAAUUCUCCCGCUUUCCAUCACCCCGUCCCAUUCUCCCGCUUUCCAUCACCCGCCCCGUUCUCCCGCUUUCCAUCACCCCGCCCCAUUCUCCCGCUUUCCAUCAAUCCGCCCCAUUCUCCCGCUUUCCAUCAUUCCGCCCCAUUCUCCCGCUUUCCAUAACCCCGCCCUAUUCUCCCGCUUUCCAUCACCCCGCCCCAUUCUCCCGAUUUCCAUCACCCCGCCCCUCUCCCGCUUUCCAUCACUCCGCCCCAUUCUCCCGGGUUCCAUCACCCCGCUCCAUUCUCCCGCUUUCCAUCACCCCGCCCAAUUAUCCCGCUUUCCAUCACCCCGCCCCAUUCUCCCGCUUUCCAUCACCCCACCAGCCAGUUGA